UCCAUCCUUCUUUACAGUGAUGGUACAUUUGGUCAUGCACUUAGCUGCUGAAGCUAAGAUUGGUGGUCCAGUGCACUACCGUUGGAUGUAUCCCAUUGAGAGGUACCUCUCACGUCUUAAGUCUUACGUACGAAAUAGAGCUGCUCCGGAAGGGUCUAUUGCUGAAGGAUACAUAGUAGAGGAGUGCUUAACAUUCUGUUCACGGUAUAUGGAAGGAGUGGAAACUAUAUUCAAUCGACCCACCAGGAUGAUUGAGGAGUCAACGGGGGUGGUUUCGAUCAUGACAUUAAACAAUAAAGAGUGGACCCAAGCCCAUCGCUACGUUUUAUUCAAUUCUGAAAACAUCAACCGCUUUCGUGAGAUGCACAAAAGAUUGAUAGAGGAUGAACUUCGAAAAGGCCACAAUCGUAACGUUUCCGAUGCCAUUAUAUAUAAGCACCACAUGGAGAAGUUUUGUACUUGGUUUGGGGGUCACGUGAUGUCCCUCACUGGUGCUGAUAAGGAAAGGGAGGGAGUUAGUGAUACCCUUGUUGCAUUGUCCAAAUGGCCGUAUAUUUAUGUAAAGCGGUUCAAGCAUUAUGUAAUAAAUGGCUUAAAAUUUAGGAGUGUAAAUGAUGAGGCAAAUAGGAAAACGCAGAAUAGUGGAGUUAGUGUGGCUACUGAUGGGGGCAAUACUUACUAUGGUAUUUUAAGUGAUAUAAUUGAGUUGAAUUAUUCUGACAAUAUCAAACAUGUGUUAUUCAAGUGUAAAUGGGUUCAUGACCAACAUAGGAGAGGAUAUAGGACUGAUGAAUUUGGGUUUCCUAUGGUAAACUUUACACACUUCAUACAUGGUGGGGAUAAAAUGAUAGAUGAACCAUACGUUUUGGCAUCUCAAGCUACACAAGUUUUUUAUGUGGAAGAUAAAAGGCACAAGGAUUGGUAUGCUGUUGUCAAAACUAAAGCUAGGGACGUGUUUGAUGCUGGUGUUGGUCCCCAACGUGAGGAGGAUGACAUAUAUAGUUUUUCUGAAAAUGUUCCCUACAAUAUAAGUAGUAAUGAGGUUGUGAGUGACAACCUUCGUUGGGCUCGGGAUGAUCUAGAGGGAAUGACAAUUGAUGCCUCCAUCAUUGCUGAAAGAGAUCUUCAUGGAGUAAACAAUGAAGAUGAGUUUAUUGACGAUGAGUCUGACAAUGAAGACGACAACAAGGAUGAGUACACCGAGGAUGAGUAGUGUAAUAAU